AUGUCAUCUAAUAGGGAAUUUGUUUUACAAACUGUUCAGAUUUAUCCAAAUUCUCUCGAGUUUGCUUCUUCCGAAAUGAAACAAGAGAAGCAAGUUAUUUUGAAGGCCAUUGAAACUGAGUGGAAAGAGAAGGAAUCUCGUCCAAGAAGAGAAUCUACAGAAUUUACGUUAUCGAGAAUGAGUGAAAGUUUUCUGGUUCUUAGAAUGGCAAGUCUUCUGCUACAUAACGACAGAGAAUUCUGUUUGGAUGCGAACAAGUAUUGUAAUUAUGUACUUUCUGUAUUAGAAGUUAAUAGAGAUUUGGUAUUGGAUUGUGUGAAAACAAAUGGAAAAUCACUUGCAAGUGCUUCACAUUUUGAAAAAACAUACUUGAUGGAUUUGGAGAUAGUUACGGAAGCUCUCAAAGAAAACUUAUCUGCAUUGGAAAAUGUUUUUCAUGAAUCGAUUAUUUACAGGGAUGGAUUUAUUGAUAAAUUGAGGGAAAUUUACAAGUAUAGGGAGUUGGAGAAUCGAGAAAAUUUACUGAAUGCUGUUAGAGAAAAUGGAUUCUUCUUAAUGUUGGCCAAUGACGAUCUCAAGAACGAUAGAGAAAUUGUACUGGCUGCUGUUGAGCAAAAUGGAUGGUCCAUUCGAUUUGCAAACAAAAGAUUCACAAAAGAUAAGGAAAUUAUCAAAGUAGCACUGGAUAAUGAUUGGAAGUCUCCUGUCAUCUUUAGGGAUUACAGAGCUUUUAUGUAUGUUGACAAAUCAAUUAUGAGUGAUAAGGAAUUCAUCCUCGAAAUUCUUCCAAAACAUUCAAUUCUAGCAUAUGUGGAUAAGGAACUGCUACAAGAUAGAUCUUUCGUUUUAAAAGCUGCCCAAUCAAACCCACUUUCCUUCAAGUUCUUUCCGAAAUAUUUUCAAAACGAUAGAGAAAUAUUUAUUGCAGCGCUUAAUCACCCUCCUCAAAAGACAACUUAUUAUAAUCAAAUUAUAUGUUCCCACAGAGGAGAUUCACUUGUUUCGAAUGAAAUAUUGGGUAUGGUUAAUGAUAAGUUUCGAUCAGAUAAGGAAUUGGUAUUGUGUGCUUUGAAAUUAUCUGGAUAUAACUUGAAAUAUGCUAGCGAGUCUCUAAAGGAAGAUGUAGAAAUUAUUGAUGCAGCUCUUUCUCAUUCACCCUUGUCAAUAAUGUAUGCCGGUGAUUCAAUUUGUGGAAAUGAGGAUUUUAUUUUACAAAUUGUUAAGAAAUAUGGAGUACUACCAAGAAACUCUGAAUACGAUAGGAGUUUUGCCCUUAAAGCUGUGUCUGUGAAUGGUCUAGCAUUGAAAUAUUUCAAGGUUUGGAAAACAGACAAGGAAGUAAUCAUUAAGGCAGUUCAACAAAAUUACAAAGCAAUAGAAUUUUCUCCUAGGUUUUGGGAAGAUCCAGAUGUGAUAAGAGAGGCAUUGCGGAAUUUCUAUUCGAAAUAA